CGCAAUCGGUCAGCGACUCAUUCGCUGAUAAGCCCCGGACCGUCCAUCUGCCAUCUGCCGCCUCGCCUCAUGACCUGGGUCGGGUACUUCCACCACUCUCUGCCUUAACCUUUAACAACCAGCCAUUCAUUCAUCUGCAUCUCAGCCGUGAUUUUUUGCCUUUGUCUGGACGACAGUUUUAUCUCCUCACCACCUCCACUUUCUAUCUACCAGCCUCCAUUAUUGCGAUCCCGUAAUCCCAAACAACAGUCGUCUUCUGCGCUUACACGGCGAUACCUGUGGUUGCCUAUCACCGUAUUUACGUCACGUCAGAUAUCUACAUCAACAAGGACUGGCUCCUACAUAUUUGCCCGCACGUGAGGCGGAAGGAGUCGAGAGCGCGCGAUGUUUUCGGAGUAUGCUUCGAGGUUCUUAGCCCAGUCACAAUCCAGGCUAUCGAACUUCGGACAAGCCGAUAACAACGACAAUCCUCCACGACAAUCAGAGUGGCCAUCCCGCUCCACACGGAAUCAGCGUGAAACAGGACGAGGAAAUGGACCAAGUAGAUCUUUCUUGGGUCGAGGCUAUGGAGGAAACCCAUAUCAACAAACCGGCGCCGGGUCUCGGUUUGGUCAAUUAGCUUUCGCAUCGCGCAUAUCAGCUGCCCAGGAUGCACCACUAUUCCACAGCACUUUGGACGAAUUUCGGGAAGAGGACGACGAGGAAGAGAGGGAUCGAGAGGCUGCCGAUAUGUUUGCUCUCCAGAGGUCAAGGCGGGUAGCAGCUGCAAGCAAACUCGCCGAUAGUGUUGAAUCUGACGUCCAUAGCCGGGGUUCUUUGGAGGACAGCUUAAACCAGGAGGAUCCAUAUCGAGAUAUGAGCAUGCGCCGCGGUAUUCGAAGCAGCUGGAAUGGAACGAGAAGCACUCACCGCCCAGGACUUGCCAGAGAUACCAUAGGUGAAGAAGCCGAAGACGAUGCUCGUUCAAGUCUAGACCGAGACAGUAGUCAGGGAACCGAUGCUAAAGGCAAAAUGGUUGACGUUGGACUCGAGUCGCAAGAUGAUCCAGAUGAGGACCCUCCGGCUUCGCUUUUGGGAGGACAAACUCCGCGAGAAAGCAGCCCUCCGGCUUUCCAGCAAUUUAAGAGCACAGAUGCGGAACGAACACCAUUCAUGACGAGGCGAGAGUCUACGACAGAGACCGAUGCCAGUAUACAGCGAGGUGCUCCCCAGGACGAAGAGCCUGUACAAACGACAUUUCAAUACAUCGAGGGUGAAAUCUUUCGACAUGAUCCUUUCUUCGCUUGGAUCUUCUUAAUCAGUCUUGCUGGCAUGCUCUCGACAUUCUUCUUGGUAUGGCUUCACACAUCACCACGGAAAAGCCCGGUCGGCGACACCAUCUACACUACACUACAAAAGUCAUUUCACAUGCUUGCGGUGGAUACAGUAGUGGCCGUGUUUGUAUCGUUCAUCUGGCUGGCAGCCCUACGAUCGUUUGUGCGGCCUCUGGUCAGCGUGAUCUUGAUUGCGGUGCCAGUCAUCCUGUUCUCCUUUUCGAUAUACUCCUUUGUGUCGUCCUUCAAAGGCCGAUGGCACGGGAGCAGUUUCCAGGAUUCUGUCAUGAGAUGGGCUUCUAUAAUCCCUGCAAUCUCUUGCAUAUUAUGGAUCUGGCUUGUAGUACGAGGACGACGCGCCAUCCAACAGGCGAUUGAGAUUCUUCAGUUUUCCAGCCGUAUUCUAGCCCAGAACUCAGCGCUGCUGUUCGUUGGUUUUGGAUGUUUGGCCUUGAUUGUCGUGUGGACCUGGGCAUGGCUCGCUAUGUUUACCAGGGUCUUCAUGGGCGGUCAUUUUAGCAAGUCCAUGCUCCGCUUCGUAAUUCAGCUUUCAAGCUGGUGGCUAGGUGCUGCAUUCAUCUUCCUUUACAUGUGGACGGUCUCGGUGAUCAAUGCUGUUCAUCGUGCUACCACAGCCGCAACGGUAUCCCAGUGGUACUUUCAUCGUAAUGCUGGGCCUGCUACGCCUUCGCGCGAGAUUGUUUCAGCUGCUCUCAACCAUGCUCUCACGACUGUUUUUGGCAGUCUCUGCGAAUCAACUCUUUUGUCUCUGUUGAUUCGAGCACCUCUGAUUUUCCUACCCAGGAAACUCGGAGCUACCGUCACAAAUAUUGCAUCGUUUUGGAUCCCAACACCGGUCAUCGCACUGAUGAACCCACUGACUAUUACUUAUUCUGCUAUACAUUCUCAGAAUCUUGCUACUUCGGCCAGGGGCCUGGAUCAGAUGGAGCUUGUAUCCCCAACGGUCCCUACAACUACAUUGACUCCGCGAGCUUUGCGAAAUCGCGGACAGCCCAAUGGACUCUUGCCCUAUCGACUUGCCAAACUGCUGCUUGUGGCAACACGACUUAUCAUGGCCACUGGUCUUGGUUUUGCAGGUUGGGUGAUUACCGCGAAGCAGCUUCGAAUUCAGCUGCCAGAUGGCGUGGGUGUCCGAGGUUCGGCUUAUGCCUACGUCGUUGGUAUGAUGGCCAGUUUCAUUGGAUACUCUGUUAUGGGCGCGAUGGAAGGCAUCUUGAGCGGUAUCGUCGACGCAGUUUUGAUCUGCUACGGCAGCGAACGACGCAUGGAAAGAGGACAUGGACGAUUUUGUCUCGAGGCAGCAUAUCUGUUUGGAGAGCGCCGAGGAGGCGACACAAUGGAGUACGCAUGAGUGGUUUUCUUUUAGCUGGCGCUUUUGGUCCAAUAGGUUGGACGGGAUAGACCCGUGUAGCAGAGGACUCGGGAAUAUGUUGAAUUGAUUUUUGGGUUAGGGGUGUUUCUGGAUGGAAGAAGACAGCUACUAGAUUUGAAUUCAAAGAGUCUUGUAAAGUCAUUCGAUUGGUGAAUGAAGGUACCAAUAACCAUUGACUAAGAUCUCCAGGGCUACGUAGGCUAUGGGUCGUUCUUUGGA